GUCAUAGGAAGGUGAUCUCACCUUGCAGGUCUCAUCUCGUCCUCCAAAAGUCUUCAUGACCACAGCCUGUGCUGGCUCACCCAUUGCCUUCUUAGGGGUUUUUGUCUCUUCAGCACCAAGGCAUGAAGCUCUGUGCCUUAAUUUUCCUCCCUUCCCUCCCUAUUGCCUCUGUUGAGAAAAUAAAUGGCCCUGAAAUGGGGGAAAAAGGGGCAAUCAGAUGGUGCAGAAGGUGUCCACACACGUCAUGGCCCCAUCUGCAGGCAAGAGAUUGGAGGGCUCCUCCCUUCUUGGCUGAUAAAAGCUGGCAGAGGCUGAGACAGGACUGAGCUUUGGCUGAGCCUGUGCCAGACAGAGGAAGAAAAAAAAAUCCCAAGAGGGAAAAAACCAGUGCAGAAGCAGCCAGUGGAAGAAAACCACCUGGAGGAACACCAAAACAGCACCGGCGACAGCAAGGAAAACACCAAGAAGGAAAAGAGGACACAGAGGUUGCAAUGGCUUUCUUCCUCAAACCACGGCCAUGCACAUGGGACCUUGCCCUGGAUUACCACACCGCCAAACAGUUUAAAGUGGACAUAACCCUGGAUCCCGCCACAGUGGGUCCAGAGGUGAUCCUCUCUGAGGACCUCAAAGAAGCCACCUGGGGUAGACCUCGAUGCCGGUGGCCUGAAGGUCCCAGCCGGUUUGACACAGAUCCAUGCAUGCUGGGCAGCGAGGGCUUCACCUCGGGCCGUCACUACUGGGAGGUGGAGGCCAAUGGGCGUUUCUGGGCCGUGGGAGUGGCCCGUGAGUCAGUUCAGAGGAAAGGCCGAGUCCUCUUCAAACCCAACACUGAAAUCUGGAGCUUGCAGAAGUACGAUGAGCUCUGCGUUGCCCUCACAGCUCCAUCCAACACCUCUGUCCCACUCCUCAAUGGGGAGAUUGGGGUUUACCUGGACUACGAGGUAGGGCAGGUCUCUUUCUACGCCGUCAGCAGCCGCCAACGCAUCUUCACUUUUCCUGUGGCCUCCUUCAGUGGGGAGAGGGUCUUCCCCUACUUUUGUGUGCUCCUCUCAACCAUUAAACUGUCCCCCAAGGGCUGAUGCCCUUGAAGGAUCCUUCCAAAAGCCAGCUGCAUCAUGGUGGUUGGAAAUGCUUGUUGAUGCUCCUCAACUCUUAUUUUCCAAGUCUAUGAAUAAUUUCUAACUCAGUUCAUGGUCCUGCCUCCAUCUUAGAUGUCUCUAUUUAGGGUUAUGUCCAGGGGAUUUUGGGUCUGAGCUCAGCACAGCUCAUCCCAAGCUGUUAAAUUCAUCCAAAGCUUGUUAACAGAAGCUGGGCUUCCCUAAGCUUGUUUUGAGCUAAAAACUUCACUUUUUCUCCCAAAUUCAGCUUCCUCUGAAGGUUCCUUUUGCUGACCUCACUGCCUAUGAUUGGCUGGGCUUCCAGCACAAAUUAAAAAUCUUAAUUUUUGCAGGCUUUGUUUUAAUACCAGCAGCUAUAGCUCAUAUUAAAACUGAUUUUUUCAUCACAAGGAUGUUCUCCCACCCAUUGCAUGCUCAGAAUAGCAUGUAAAUAUGCUCAGAAUAGAAUAAAUUUCUUUUUCUCUAAGAAAUAGAAAGCAUCUACAUUUGUGCCAUCACCAAGUUGCCCCAAACCCAGAAAGAGCCC